UACUUGCCGUUCCUCUUGACUGCUCAACAAAAGGCCAACACCCCAACUACGAUCGCCAUAAAAUAUGCGCCAUACCACAGCCCAAAUUUCUAAUACACCCAAGUGAAUCAGACGAGAAUUGACUAAAGGCUGACUGACUUCGGGGCGGAAAAGGGGCCCAUUUUGCAAGCAUUUCUUGGGAAUUUGUGUAUCGAGUUUCUUCCGAGUUUCGGCGGGUUUCAAGACGACGAUGUCGUGGGGGAGAGUGCCGCUUUCCUGGGCGCUGAUCGCGCUCGUGUUGUGCUUGGGUUUUUCUUCGGUGGAGAGCAACGGAUUGACUUUAAAUAAUUGUCCAAUGGAGAUCACAGCAGACCGAUCCAAUUUGGUGUACUGGGCCCCGCCAACGGUCAGCAGCACAAGUGGGGCGUACACACUCGUUGGUACCCAUCAGUCCGGCCGUUAUUACUUUGAGAAUACGACAGUUACCUACACCGCUGAAGAUGAUGCAGAAACACAAACGUGCACCUUCGACAUCAUCAUACAAGACAAUGGCUCCCCUGUGAUCACCUCCUGCCCAAUGGACAUGACGGCCACGGCCCCCGCAGGUGCCACCUCGGUAUCUGCCUCCUGGACUGCCCCGACGGUGGAGGACUCCGCCAACGUAAACGUCAGCCCGGACAAAUCCCCCGGGAGCCAGUUUGAUCUCGGCCGCAACGUUGUCACUUACACCUUUACUUUCACCAACAAUGGCGCUGCAGAGAUGUCAUAUUGCAGCUUUGACAUCUUCGUAGAAGGAGGUGGCUCAGUUUCGACCCCCAGCCUGGUCUGCCCUGAUCCAAUAACCAUCACGCUACAGGUCGGUCAGGACUCGGCGCCCGUGAGCUGGGACGACCCAAGGUACCCAGCUGAUCUAGGCAGUGUCACGACGGUCUGUGCCCGCAGCAAGAACGACCAGUUCUUCCAGGGCCGAAACGAGAUCAACUGUGUGGGCUACUUCGAGAGCGGGGUGGCUAAAAUGUGUUCCUUCCACGUGCAAGUGAAUGCUAACCAGGAUGACCAGGUCCCAAGCAUCAUUGACUGCCCCAGUGACUUCACGGUAUUCGUGGCUCCAAACGCUAUGGGCGCAACGAUUACCUGGCCCGAGCCCACCAUCAUCGACGACAACCAGCAAGAUCUUCAGCUGGUGUCCAGCCACACGCGCAACAUCUUCUACAACGUGGGCAGCUACGACGUCGUCUACACUGGAACCGACGUCUCCAACAAUGAGGUUGAAUGCAGUUUUCAAUUCACCGUGGAGAAUGAUAACUCGGCUCCAGUAUUUACAAACUGCCCAGCGCCCUCGUUGACAGCGUAUGUGCAGGCGGGAGAGACGUCUGGGACCGUGUCGUGGCCGCAGCUCACCGUCAUCGAUAAUGCUGAUGAUAACGUCGAGCUGAAUGGCCCGACGGAAGAAAAUCUAAACAUGACCGUCGGCGAGACUCGCAACGUGGCCUACGUGGCCACGGACAACUUCGGCAACACGCAGAAUUGUCAGUUUACGGUCACACUCCUGGUGGACCAGGUCCCGGAAUACACAGGCUGCAGCAUGGACACUACCUACCCAACCAACAGCGGGGUCAACUACACCAACGUGACCUGGCCAGAGCCUCUGGUCACAGACGACCUGAGCAAUGGCAGACUGAUACUCACCAAGUCCCACGAGCCGGGCAUGCGGAGAACGAUUGGGGUCUACGUGGUGGAGUACACGGCCACGGACGAACGUCAAAACGUUGGCAUCUGCAGUUUUGUCAUCACGGUUGCAGAUCAGGAGAACCCCGUGCUUGGUACUUGCCCCCCGUCGCAGACCAUUGUCCUCGGCCAAUCACAGGUCAGCACAGAUGUCACAUGGACCAAUCCCACGGCGAUGGACAACAGCUGCGGCCCCCAGCCCAUCUGCGGCACCGUAACAGUCACGAGCAGCCGCAACCCGGGAUUGUUCACCCAGGGAGAUCACUCCGUGACAAUCACGGCAACGGACAUGGCGUUAAGGACGGACACGUGUACCUUUGUCAUUUCAGUUAUGCCGUACAUUCCGGACACUACCCAGCCUGUGUGGAGCGUCUGCCCAAGCUCAAUUUCUGAGAACACCGACAGUGGGCAACCGACGUACCAGUACACAUGGGUCGAGCCCACAGCGACGGACGAUCGGGGAGUUGUUUUCCGGUUUGCCUCGCACAGUCCUGGCUUUAAUUUCCCUAUCGGCACUACAACCGUCACGUACCGGGCAAGGGAUGCUGAGGGCAACGAAGGAGUCUGCACUUUUGAUGUAAUUGUGGCAGAUAAUGAAGCCCCUGUGUGGACUCCUAACACAGGGUGUGGUUCAACCAUCACCCACUACGUACGCACUUCCGGCAGCCUGACGCUACCUGUACCCACUCCUGCUGCCACAGACAACUCCGGGGUCCCACCCACCAUCACGAACACGCUCACCACUCGAGAAACGUUCACCUUCACCACGGAUAUAGGGUCUUACCAGUUUCAGUACACGGCGACAGAUGGGUCCAGCAAUCCAGUGAGCAAUUGUAUGGUGACAGUGACCCUCAUAGCAGACGCCAAUCCGUGGACUUUGCGAGGCUCUGUCACGCUGACGCGCAUCAGAGGACAGGCCGGUCAGUUCUCCAACGCUGCAGCUCCGCAACGGCUGACCGAGUUGAUGGAAGAUAUGGACCGAUUGUUCCGUGGUUCCGAUGUCCGUUCCCACUUUGUCGGAGCCGAGUCCAUCUCCCACAUUUUCACCGGCGGCAACCCAAGAGUCACCUUCCGACUUUACUUCAACAGGCUGCGUGAGGGCCGCCACACCUCCAGGCAAAUCGCCGAUGCUUUCUACAAGGCCAUCGGCAGCACGCUGAGUUUCGCCACCAAUAAUUUUGUCCUCUCGGGUUCUCUAGACUUCCACGUCCGUGAGUUUAAGAUGACGUCUACCAUUGUUCGGAUGGGCAGCACGGUGAACCCACCCUUUGUCGGGCAGUACAACGACGACAGAAGUUCACUGUACAUAGGCCUGGAAAAUAAUAUCAACCAAGGGAUGGACAGCACCUACAGUGGCUUCUUUGGCUACCAAGUCUCGGUCUUAAUCGACCUUCGCGAUGGCAGCAUCAUCAACGAUGUCGUUCUGGUCUUUGACGACGGCUCGCAGACGACGGAGGCGGCCAUUGUCAAUCAGUUCAACAACGCACUGGAUACAUCGGGCCAGCUGCCGGGAACCGGGCUGUAUUUCAACGCCAUCCUUACCGUUGAAAACCAAGAGAUUUGCCCGGCAAAUGAGUGUCAGAACGGGGGAACAUGUACCUACAACGCAGCCUACACCAAUAUGUGCACGUGUGCCGAAAACUACAGUGGAACUAACUGUGAGACUGUACCCACCACACUUAACCUAUCGCCUUUGGCCAUCGCAGCCAUCGUAGGGGGCGCUAUACUGCUGCUCUUACUCAUCUUAGCGCUCUUCUGUUGCUGCAUGUACUUCUGUCGCGAGCCCCUCGGACCGUACAAGGACCACCGCUACAUGGAGCGCCCGUUCCAGAUCGUCGACGAUGAGGAGAGCGUAGUGUCCUCGGUGGACGUCUUCAUGAUGCCGAGGGAGCGCCCGUAUCGUGAUUCCAUGCCCCUGGCCCUACCCCCGCCAGCCCCAGUCCUGGCCCUGGAGCCUCCCCCACCCCCAGAAGCCCCCAUCCUGCGUCUGGAUGACGACUACUACCCAAUGGAGGAGGAGAUGUACGGGCGACACAACAACGCCUUUGCGAUGGACAUGUACCGAUCACCGGACAUGGACACGUACCCGUCAGAUGCACCGUCGUUCUCCCCCGAUGGGGAGGUCUACGUCACGGGCCCGAACCAGGUAGCCAUUCGCCCAAGCACCAAGCGUAGCCACUACUACCGCUACUAGAAGGGAAAACCGCGAAGACUGCUCACGUCAAGUUUCGACAACCGAGAAAAAAAUCAACAUUGACUUCUUUAAGCAGUGAUGGGUAAAAACAUAAAGGUGACUGAAAUACAUAUUCUCCAGGUCAUGAAGAAUUUGAAGCGGAGUUUUUAUGUUUUGGAAAGAUUUUGCAUGAGGAAAGGCAUUGGUUAAUUUUAAGUAAAAUUCUUGUGACUGGUGUUUGGAAACAUUUUUUUUUGGUAAACUCAUUUUUUUUUUUUUUAAUACUAGCGUUUGGGAAAAAAGGGUAAGCAGUAUAGGCGCAGUAUGUUAAAAUUUGCAUAUUUACCGAAAUGAAAUUUUGUAUGAAACUCCAGUACUGAUCAAUGUCAAAAGUCACUACGUUUAAUCUAAGAAUGGUUACAAUUUUAGGGGUUAAAAUCCUGUAAUUUUAGAACUAAAGUUUUCUUGUGUGUUGACUUUCUUUUUUUUCCAUUCUGGAUCUGAUCUAUCUUGGAGUAUUGUGACUGAUAAUUGAAUGUGAACUGUUGUUCUUUUUUUUUUUUUGGUUUUAAGGGAAACUUUCUGCAUUAAAAUAAUUUUAUAUUGGAGAUUCAAAUAUUAUAUCCAGAGGUGAUUUAUAAACAUAGUAAUUUUAGUGAAUGUAUAUUCAUGAAAGUAUAGUCAUAUUACGUACAUGUAUGUAAUCUUAGGGCGCCCUCAGGUUGACCCGCGAGUUGUAUGCGCUGCGACAGAACCGUUGGCAUCAAGCAGAAAAGUAAUGCAAGUCACAAAACUGAGAAAUCGUGUGAUUGUUGUGAAACAAGCGGCAUCUCGACACAAAAUCAUCAGAACUCUGUGCAUGUCACCCACGACGCGACGUCGGUUCCUCGGUAAAGACGUGGAGUGCGUGUUGAUAACAAUCAGACGAUAUUCCACGGCAACGUCUGUUCAUUCAACCAUUUUUACCGCAUGCUGAUUGGCUACAUAAUAAAAUGGCGAUCCGGAUGCGCACGUCGUCGUAACUUCACACUGGUCGACUUCGAUUGAUUGCCACCUGUCGGAAACGCGUUCUGUCGUGGCGCAGAAGUUGAAAAUUGUAUACUCUUUCAACUUGAUUUUUUUGGAGUGCCGAAUGGUUAUCAUUAAUAUGCCAAAAAGAAUGUGGCUUAUAUGGCCCCCAAGAAAGAUCUUCCUGGAAUGCCCUGGUGCGUAGUUACAUGUAAGAGAUUCUGUAAACGUUUUGUACAUUGGCAUGUUUAACAGAUAUUGGUUAAUGAUUAUUCAAAGGGAAGGUUUAAUUCGCUUUGUACACAUUUUGCUAUCAGAUGCCUUUUGUAAGAUGAACCAUAAUUUUUGACGUAGCUGUGUACAAUUUUUUUGUGCCUGAAUACAGCAGUAAGCCACCGCACUUGAUCGGUGUGACAAUAUUAGUUAUCCAGUUAGCGCAAGUGGAACAUGGAAUAAUGUAGUGCGUCUGUGUCCCACAUACCACAAUGCCGAAGGCCGAGUGGUAUGUGGGACACAGACGCACUACAUUUUCCGUGUUCAACGAUCGCAAGCGGGAUAACAUUCAUCUUCAAGCAAACUUGACGCACAUUUAUGACGGAGCAUACACGCUGUACACAACUUUAUCCUAUGACACGUGCUUGCAGUAGGAAUGGCGCGUGCAUCUUAGAAUAGCGCGUUACACAGAGUGCGGUACGGACCGUGGUAUAUAGGAUAAUACCACACGGUUGUUGCCAUGGAUCGACCAAUCAGGAUUCAGGAUUCAAGUUUGCUCGAAGAGAAAAACCUUUGUCAAAGCCAACAGCAUUUCUGGCUCUACACCCAUAUUUGAAAGCAUCAAAAUUUGGCAAACUUUCAAAUCAGAAGUCUUAUCUUACUACAGUAACGUAAGGGAAGUAUGUAGCAUGUAUCAGUUUUACUUUGGUGUCUUUACCCUAUGGUGCAUGUAGAUCUGCAAUUUUAUGGCAAGCAAUGUUUGGUUACAUAUCAAUGUAAUGAGCUUGUAUAUUUGCUGCUAAUGAUACAUGUAUUUUUUAGAGUGAUAUCCCCGCUUUUUUGUAUUCAGCAAAAAAAAGUGUCCAUGAGAUCAGCAUUGAAUUUCAGUACGUUGUUACAACAGCGUGCAUUGUGUUUGGAAAAAUGAAAGAACUGGAAAGACAAAAGAACAGAAAAUUGUCAAAAUUUUGGAGCAAAACAUUGAUCAAACCAGUGACAUAUAUGACCAGAUUUAUGGAAUAUUUAGUGGAAUUUUUAUUCUUAAAUUCACUCUUAUAACUUUACAACAGAGUUGUUCUCCGGCAGACUUUGUAUUUACACUAUACAACAAAUAAAGAAAACCUUAAAUAUUUACUUCUCUUCCAAUAAUAUAUAAAAUAAUGUAGAUUACAUGCCAAACGAGCGCGGCUGAAAAGUACAAGCACAUAAGUAAGAGUAAUUUCUUGUUAGUCUUCCUUGAAGGCGCUUGUGUAUCAUCAGAGCAAGAGUGUCAUACGAUGUCAUGUAGCCUUAACUACAUUUUUUUGCUAUGAAUGCUUGUUUAAAGACUAAUACUAGUUUGAAUGGAAGCUCAGUUCAAAACCUUACAUGUACCCACAUGUAUUAGUAUGGCCAAUAACUCAAACAAUUCACACAUCGUUAAAUGUUUUUAGUGUCUUUUGGGACAGUGAUAAAUGUUCACACUUAUCAAAUUCAUGUGAAAUCAUCCCUAGAGACCUAAAAAGUUAAUUAUUCAACACUUUUAUGCAACCUAUCUGCUUAAAUGCAUUAUUACUAUACCUUUUUUUUAAAGAAUAUUUUAGCAAUAAAGGAAUUAUGGGGAAAAUUG